AUUUUGAUGAAUGCGGCAGUGAUCCCUGUCAGAAUGAUGCUACAUGCACUGACAUGGUCAACGGGUUUGACUGCACCUGUGCACCUGGAUUUACUGGUGUCAAUUGUGAAACUGAUAUCAAUGAGUGUGCCAGUGGCCCAUGUCAGAACGACGGGACGUGCAACGACCUUGUCAACGCCUUCCAGUGUGACUGUCUGGCCGGGUUCACCAGUGUGAUGUGUGAAACAGACAUUAACGAAUGCGGCAGUAACCCAUGUGCGAGCAGUGCUACGUGCAAUGACAUGGUCAACGGAUUUGACUGCACGUGUGCACCAGGCUUCACCAACACACUCUGUGAUGUGGAUAUAAAUGAAUGCAUGAGUGAGCCGUGUGAGAAUGGAGCAACUUGCAAUGACCUGAUCAAUGCAUUCACUUGUACUUGUGAAGCUGGGUUUACUGGAGUACGCUGUGAAACAG